AUAAGAAAAGAGAAUUGGGAGUGCUAAGAACAAAGAAUCGAUUUGAUUCUGAAAUCCAAACCAAAACCAAAACCCUCACACACAGUUAUCCUCGUCGUUGGCGGUGCUGGUGGUGGUUACGCGAUCGAAACAAUCGAAGAUGUCGUCGGUUUACGUUCUAGAACCUCCGACGAAGGGGAAAGUGGUAGUGAGCACCACGCGCGGACCUUUGGACAUCGAGCUAUGGCCGAAGGAGGCUCCAAAAGCCGUGAGGAACUUCGUGCAGCUCUGCCUCGAAAACUAUUACGACGACACUAUCUUCCACCGCGUCAUCAAGGACUUCCUCGUCCAAGGUGGCGACCCCACCGGCUCCGGCACCGGAGGUGAAAGCAUUUAUGGUGGUGUUUUUGCUGAUGAGUUUCAUUCUCGUUUAAAAUUCAAGCACAGAGGAAUAGUUGCGAUGGCAAAUGCUGGAUCUCCAAAUUCCAAUGGAAGUCAGUUUUUCAUCACUCUCGAUCGUUGUGACUGGCUUGAUCGCAAGCAUACCAUUUUUGGAAAAGUGACAGGAGAUACAAUGUAUAAUCUUUUGAGACUGGGUGAAGUUGAAACUGAUAAGAAUGACCGGCCUUUAGAUCCGCCAAAAAUUUUAUCAGUCGAGGUGUUAUGGAAUCCAUUUGAAGAUAUUGUUCCAAGAACACUUCAGAAAUCUCGAACUGAAUCUAGAGUUGAUACUGAAAGUAAAGAACCAAAGAAGAAAGGUGUAAAAAAAUUAAACUUGCUUUCAUUUGGGGAAGAAGCUGAAGAAGAGGAAAAGGAAUUGGCGUCAGUGAAGCAAAAGAUUAAGAGCAGUCAUGAUGUCUUGAACGAUCCUCGUCUUCUAAAGGAAGAAACACCUGAUAGUGAAUUGAGUGCAUCAAGAAGAGAUUUGCAGCUGUCUGUUAGGGAGACACUUAACGCAAAGAAAGAAGAGCCUCAGAAAGAUUCAGCACCUGGUAACAUUGCUCGUCUUGAUUCCAGUGAUGAUGAUGAAGCAGAUUUUGAUUCAAGAAUGCGCAUGCAGAUACUCAAAAAGAGGAAGGAGUUGGGUGAUCUCCCUCCGAAGCCUAAGUUGCAAAAAGCAGGAAGAUCCAUUCCAGAGAAUCAUGAUACGUCAGCACUAAGGUCCAAUGCUGCUAGUGUUGAUGAGGAUCAACCAAAGGUGGAAAAGCUGUCCAUGAAGAAAAAGGGAGUGGGAUCUGAAGCAAGAGCUGAGCGAAUGGCUAAUGCAGAUGCAGAUCUGCAACUAUUAAAUGAAACUGAGAGAGGAAGACAAUUGCAGAAGCAGAAGAAACGCCGACUUCAAGGGCGCGAAGAUGAAGUUCUGGCUAAACUUCAAAAAUUUAAGAAUUCUUUAGCAGCAAAGGAGACACUCCCAGCUAGCGAAUCUGAAGAUGUUAAAAAUGAGGAUUUGUCUGACUGGAAAGGUGUCAGUUUAAAAUUUACCCCCGAGUCUGGCAAGGACCGCAUGUCACGUAAUGAGGACCCAAAUGAUUAUGUUGUGCACGACCCUCUUCUGGAAAAGGGGAAAGAAAAGUUUAAUAGGAUGAUGGCCAAACAAAAGAGACGAGAACGAGAGUGGGCUGGGAGAUCUCUUACUUGACAAUUCAGGUGCCAACAUGGCUAUGUAAAUAUACAAGUUGAUUGGUUCUGAAGGUUAACAUGUCUCUGCUGCUGUGCUGGGAAAGGAAACUUUCGCUAAUAGGAACUAAGCAGAAAGUUGAUGCAUUGAGGAGUGUAGCAGACAUUGCAGACAAGGACACUGAUAUUGGUGAGUGAGAACUGAGAUGUAGGGUUACCGUACAAGUGUUCCUUCAAUUAAAGCCAACGAGGAACUCAUGUGAGGGCCUCCUCUCAUUCAUUAAUUGAGUUUGUAUCUUUGUCCAAUCUUAACAGAUGUUUUGUGUAGCUUUAACACAUUUGUUCUAUUUUAAUAUUAGGAAUCGGAAGGAUGUUGUACUAUUGUGAGACUGGCAAUUUUUUGCAGAUGAAGAAGACUUUAGUUGGAUGCCAGAAUUUCAUUUUAGUUGAGAUGGGUUGGAUUUGGAGCUUUGGGGGCAUGUAUUUACAAAGAUAUCCAUUGAAUUGAGUUUUUCUUUUCUAGGGAA